CGUAUUGUGCACAGCAUGAGUUUUAUGUGGCGCGGUGCUUGGGGUGGUGUGGUGUGUGGUAGUGGUAAUGCUCAAACAGAAGACAAAAGACCUCCACAACACAACUCUCUCUUUCCCUGGAAAACCUGGGGAAACACCUCUUCACCCUCUGUAGAAACCUACAGACUCGAAUCUGCCAGUGGCAGUGGAGGCAGCAUUGCCGGUGUCCCUAAUGGUAUAGCUAUACCUGGCAGUGAACCCCGCUCGGAAGAUGCCACCAAGCGCUCAGGUAGUUACUUUGGUGGGUACUUCCGUGCCUACUUGGGUAAAGGUGACGUGGAGGAGGACAGCGGUGAUGGUAAUGAGGAUAAUGAGGUGGUCAGUGUGGCGUCUAGCGGCUCUGAUAGGCUUAUCAGUGGCGGCGACGGCGUGAAACGAGUGGUCAUUAAGGGACAGGGACAAGAGCCUGCUAGCGAGGAGCCUGGCCCCCGCGCAUCCUAUUUUACCUUCCCUUGGAGGACCGGCGACGAUAACGGUCCCUCUGCGUACCUGUGGAAGAAGAGAAAAGUUACUAUCGACAGGGAGAGCGUGCCGCAGUUCGAGGAGGUUCCUCCCGAAGAGGUUACCGAAGUCAGCCGCAGUGGAAGCAAGGUGGUCCCCAUCAUACGCUUUCCCUGGCGGCAAAGCUCCGAGGAUGCAGGUGGCUCCCCAGGCACUGAAGAACCUUCCUUUUCCCUUCCAUGGGGAGCUGCAGACAAAUCUCGUCAGAAGGGUGAGGUUCACGCCAAUGGUAACUACCCUACAGAAGCGUCCCUAAAGAAAGACGACUCUUCUGCACCAGGGAAUAAUUAUUUGUCAUUCCCAUGGCGGAGAAGACCCACUAAGAAUGAUCUAUCUACUGAAGCAUGGAUCUCUACUCUCUCCAUCUCUUGGCUGAGGGGCAAUGGUGUCAAGAGUGACAGUGAAAAAGAGAGAAAGAAUGAUGUAGUUGGUCAAGGUGGAGGUGCCAGCCCUGGUACUGAUGGUGAACAGAGCAAAAUUAAAGAUGGUGAUACUAAUAAUGUACUAGUAGUGUCAAGAGCUGGCGGUGAAAGAGAGAGAGAGAGUUACGUGGUUGGUCAAGGUGGAGGUGCCAGCCCUGGUGCUGAUGGUGAACAGAGCAAAAUUAAAGAUGGUGAUUCUAAUGAUGAUGUACUAGGAAAGGAAAACAUUGCUGAGGUUGAGAAAAGUGGUGGUGAUGUCAACAUUAGGGUUCAGAAUGGUGGUAAUGACAACGAUAUGGUUGAGAGAAGUAGUGAUGGUGGUAGCAGUGGGGUUCAGAAACAUGGUGGUGGUAGUUAUGGGGUUGAGAAUGUUGGUGGCGGAGGAAGGGCUGAAAAAGGUAAUGGUGGUGGUGACAUCAGUGAGAUUGAGGAAGAUGGUGGUAGCACUGAAGUGGAGGAAGAUGGUAGUCACGGUGACAGCAGUGAGACUGAGAAAUGCGGUGCCGGUGGUGGUAGCCAUGGUUCAGGUAAUGGGGGUGGUGGAAUGACGACCUCAACCCAAGCAUCGAGCACGCCUUACCUGCAACACCUGGCAGUGUUUACCUCCCGCGCCGCACAUUUCAAAACCAAGAUCUUGCAGAACCUAGGCAAGGCAGACCGAACGGUAGACGAUGUCUUUGAUGAUUACGAAAUCAACUUCAGCAGACAACAGAACAACGCUAGCCGCCUCCACAAGGAAGUGGCCAACUACCUCAGAUGCUGCAGAGCGCUGCACGGAGCCAGCAAGAGUCUGUUUGAGACACUGGCGGAGGUGUACGAGCCGGAGUGGGUGGGCCAUGAGCUUCUCUACGCCCAGGCACAAAACUCUGACAUGCUAUGGACAGAUUUCUGCCACAAGGUCCAGGACCAGACCCUCGCCCCUCUCACUGCCUACCACCAACAGUUCCCGGAGGUCAGGAAAAAGAUAGAUAAACGUGGGCGCAAACUUGUAGAUUACGAUAGUCAGCGCCACCAGCUAGAGAACUUACAGAGGGCGAAUCGGCGAGACGAGUACAAGAUUGCUCGUGCACGAGAUGCUCUUGAAACAGCGCGUGUCACAUAUGAGGUUCUCAACAAGGAGCUAUAUGAGGAGUUGCCAGCACUGUAUGACCAAAGGAUCCCCAACGUUUCUGCCAGCUUACAGACCCUCUUUGCUGCUGAAGCAACUGUCAUGGCAGAGUCGAGCAAGGUUGCUAAGGAGCUCGAAGCUAUUGCAGACAAAUUAUCAAAGGAGUGUGCCAAAGGAACAUACAAAGUGAAGCGUGGAGUUGCCCCCCGCCCACUCUCUGUUGUGGAAUCUUCCCCGAAAACCAUCAACUCUCCGUCCAUGUGGUACGAUGGUGGGGCCGUAGAGGAGGGAGGCAACUCUUUCCGGUCACUGGAGGGAAACGAGGGCACCCUGGAUAUAACCACCACAGAGGAUAACCAAGAAUCCUCACCCACUUUGGAACACAAGGAAACUUAUAAAUCCAUCCCGGAUUCAGAUCAGCGCACUCCAACCCCUCCUCCAAGCCCACUUCCUCUUGAAAGCCCAUCCAACGAUGCUGACUCUGUCCCGAGUGCUCCUAUUGACUCCGAGCACGAUACCAACAACCGCCCCACUAUUUCUGGCCCGGUUACCACCAACAAGGAAGAGACUGGCCGCCCUUACGAAGAGAUCGAAUUUGAGGACAAAAAAGUAAAUGGUACUGUGUCUCCUCAAGCCCGAACCAACGGUGAAGUUAUUGGCACCAAGAUCCCACCAGCCGGUGGGUCGGCGCUCAGUAAUGGCCCUUCCUUCACAUCUCCCUUGGCUGAGCUGGACAAAAAGGUGGAGGAGAUCUAUGACAUCCCUGUGGAUGGAGGACUACAGCCAUCUGUAUCGGCAGGUGCAACCACAGAAGGACUACCGCAAGGGGUGCUAUACCGGGUGCGUGCAACCUACAAGUACACUCGUGAAGAUGUAGAUGAAAUCAGUUUUGAAGUUGGUGACACCAUCCAGGUAGUGGAGUAUGAAGAUCCAGAGGAACAGGAAGAAGGGUGGCUUACUGGGAUAAAAGAGGGCACCAUGGAGAAAGGACUCUUCCCAGCCAACUUCACUCGCCCCAUCUAAGGCUUUCGUAUUCUCCUCGAAAUACUCGUGAAAUGAACAUCUUAUUCUAAAACCCCACUUAGGGUAAGCUUGUCUGAAGAUACUUUACUGGGAGGGCAGCAAACCUCAAAUUUGGGUUGAUCAGUAGCAAGAUACUGGUUCAAAUGCAGGUAUGCAAGGUCAAGGAAGCUAAUGUGUUAUAUCUAUAAGACUAGAGCCAAUAACAUGGAAUAACAAUUUUGUUUAACAAUGCCAAAUUGUGCACAUUUCUUCAUAUAUCGAUUUGAAAAACUUUAAGUCGGUGAUCUUUAGAGGUUUGUGCUGUGAAAUUUUUUACCCUUACACCUAUGUCAUUUACUCUACACCGUAGUGUAAAUUAUGAUCAUAAAUCGUACUGUAUGUAUUAAUGUUCUACAGUAGAUAAUUGCUCAGAGUAUUUCUCGAAUUAUUAAUUGAAGACUCGUCUGACAAAAAAAAAAAAAAAACUUCAGUGUGCUAAAGAUGCAAUGGAAGCUGUGUGAUGUGCCAUUAGCCCACUGUUGUAGAUAUUGCAACCUUCACUUUCUAUAUGUACUUUCCCUAGUUUUACCAUUUCUAUUGAUUAGUUUAAUACCAAGGCAGGUUAAUUGAUUGACGAGUAACCCUAAAAAUGCAGCUAAUGUUUAAGGAAACUGAAGUCCACCUGGUAGCUUGGGUUAAUUAUGAAGGAUGAUGAAUUUCUUUACACAGGUGUGCAUGGAUUAAGUUAAUGACCAGUGCUUACUUUAUUUAUUGAUUUGAAUUAUUAUUAAGGUACUUGUUGUGUUUGUGAAUGUUUAUUAAAUGAUCUGAUAUCUAAAUACUUUAAGCUAUGUAGCAUUGUGUGCAACUGGAAAGUGUAAUUGGUAUAAGUAAUGUUUUUUUUAUAUUGCCUGAGUGGAGCACCCUGUUUGUACCUUCUUAAUUAUGCACUAGUUAAAAUUUUGUAGGUUUGCCUGUCUUGUACCAUCAUGAAUACAUUAGUGCCUGCUGAUACUAAAAGCUUUUUGAAGUCCAUAAACUGUAGCUAUUUAAAUUUAUUCAGUGUAUAAUAAAUCAAACUAAAAGGAAAGUGCCUUCAGGUUAUGAAAUACAACUUCAAAGCUAAGUUGCUAGUUUUGUAAUGUUCACUAUCAUGUAUUGUAAGCCCACCACAUUACCAAGCAUGCUCUCUAGUUGCUACAAUAUUCUAUACAAAUCGAUCAGUUUCUAGUUCACUUCAUCUCUCACCACCCUUUUGCUGGACUGUAAUAUUGGAGUGGUACACUGUGUGUAAAUACUUGUGGCUAAGAAGAGACCUCUGUAAAUAGUUUCCAAAUGUAAAUAAAAAUUUGAGAUGGAGUAUGUUAUAUGUAAAGAUGAAGGUCUCUCAAGUAUGUAUAUAAUAUGGAAAAAUAAUCCAACAUGCAUUGGAAGAUCUGAUUGUUAUUUACUCACAGAAUUAAUGAAUUUGAAGGCAAAAUGUUCCCAAGCUGCUUAGCAAUUUUAUGCUCUAAAUCAUUAUAUGUAUUAUACACUACCAGUAGUUUUGUAUGAAAAAAAAGAGUUCCAAUAAUAGGACAGACAAAUGUGCCAUGAACCCACGAAGUUACUUAAUUAGUUACUAAUAAUGAUGUAAGUGUAUGUAGUAUGUGUUGACCUGCUGAUUUCAACAGGUGUUACCCCAAAUUAUACAAUUUUGCUCACCCUUGAUGCCUUUGUUUUUAAUUGAGCUUUAGGUCAAAUGAAUGUUCCAAUCAUGAAAUUUUUGACUAAAAAUAAGGUGCCUUUUACUGAAUAACUGGACAGGGCCUGUGCCUUAGCUGGAUAAUUUAAGGAUGUUCUACUAAUGAAUGAUGCCAUUGUAUGUGGGUAUUAGUUUCAUUCUGAGUUAUUGUAAACUUUCCAAGUAAUUAAACAUUGACAACCCCCCCCCCCCCUCCUCUGUUUAAUAACAUUAUCCUCCGUCUACUUAAAGACUUGCAGUCUGCUUCUCAAGAAAAAGACUAAGACCCUUUUAUAAAGUAGACUUGUUUGAUGAGACAUGAGCAUGUGUGGUUUACAGUCUGCAACAACAGUUUUAUGCAGUUCUGUGCCUUGUUUUAGUGCGAGUUGGGCUAAAUUUGUUUUGCCCAAGCCAAUCAGUGUUGAGCUACUUUUGUAAUAAGCAGUGACAUAGGAGGAUAGAUUACAUGUAAUACAUCCAGCAUCAUCAGUAAUAUGUUGCCCCAUAUUGCUAUUUUGACUCAGACACCAGAACAACCAAGCACAUACUCAUAAUAUAUUAACAUCAGUGCUAAUAAACAAUAUGAAUGAG